UCUCAACAUGGUAAAAUCUAAAAAAUACGUUUUGGUGAAACGCUCUGUAGGAGUUCCAAAACCUACCGAUUUUAAGUUGGAAGAAGAAGAACUGCCUCCGAUUGAAGAAAAUGAAUUUUUAGCUGAAGCCGUUUUCUUAAGUGUCGAUCCCUAUAUGAGGGCGUCCAUGCCAAACCUUUCCUUAGGAAUUACAAUGAUCGGAUCACAAGUAGCAAAAAUUAUAGAAAGUAAAAAUCCCAAAUAUCCAGUCGGAAAAUACAUUGUAGGACAAUUCGGUUGGAGAACACAUACUAUAACUAAAUUAGACUCAGAUCCACUUACCAAGAUCCCGUUAGUAAUACUACCAGAUUUAGGAGAUUUGCCAGCAUCAUUGGGUCUAGGUAUAUUGGGAAGGCCAGGAAACUCUGCAUAUUUUGGAUUUUUAGAGUUAUGUGAUCCCAAAAAUGGUGAAACGGUUGUAGUAAGUGGAGCCGCAGGAGCCGUUGGAAGUCACGUAGGUCAAAUUGCAAAAAUUAAAGGAUGCAAGGUUAUUGGAAUUGCUGGUUCCAACGAAAAAGGCAAAUGGUUACUUGAAGAACUAGGAUUUGACUAUUUUAUUAAUUACAAAACAGAAAACGUAGAAGAAGAAUUGAAGAAAGCUGCUCUAGAAGGAGUCGAUUGCUAUUUUGAUAAUGUUGGUGGAGAGAUUAGUACUAUUGUAAUGAACCAAAUGAAAACUUAUGGAAGAGUAUCGGUUUGCGGAAGCAUUUCUGGAUAUAAUGCGACAGAAAUACCUAAAAUUAGUGCUCCUCAAUACGCUAUAGUUUCAAAACAAUUGAGACUCGAAGGGUUUUUAGUGAAACGAUGGGCGGACAGAUGGAUGGAGGGCAUCGAACAAAAUUUGGCAUGGAUUAAACAAGGCAAAAUUAAAUACAAUGAAAAAGUCACAGAGGGAUUCGAAAAUAUGUUCGACGCAUUUGUUGAUAUGCUUAACGGUGGUAAUACUGGAAAAGCGGUUGUCAGAGCGUGAUUUAAAAAAAAUAAAUAUAGAUAUUGGGAUGUGAAUUAUUUUUAAUUUUAAUGCAGAAAUUAAUUAAUUUGAAACACUUGUGUUAAGAUACCUAUGUCAUCAUCAUCAUCAUAGGCAAUUACUUGAUACCGAGUAUGAUUAUCUUCUAUUCCAUUCCUAUUGUCGUCGAUUGUGCGUUUCCUGAUGGCUAUAUAAACCAAUUCUAGAUCCCCACACCACAGUCGUCCACAGUCUUGGUACACCCAACCUAUGACAGCAUUGUCUCUUCCCUCAGCUUCUUUCUGCGUUUCCUCUUUUCGGUCUUAUUUCUGCCUCGCUGUUCUUCAAAAAUGAACUACUGGACGCCAAGAGGGCCUAUAAUUUACAGUCGUCUCCCAGUUGUUGGUAUCGAUGCGGCACUCUACCAUAUUCUUCCUAAGAACAUCUUUGUUGCGUGUUCUGAUUCAGUAUUUCCUCUUUCAAUUGACUGUGAAGAAUCUGUCGUGAAAGAUGUGUUUUGGGCAUGCGCACGAGGUGACUUGUCCAGCAAAGUUGGAGCUUAAUGAUGAGGGUUUCCAUGCUAGUUGUUUUGGCCUCCUUUCAAACACUAAUGUUCGUUUGUCGGUCCUGCCAUUUAAUCCGUAAGAUCCUUCUUAGGCAGCGAUUGUGGUAUUUUUCACUUUUUAUGUCUUCUGUUGAUGGUCCAUGUUUCGCAGCCAUAUGUAAGUGUUGGUACAUCUGCAUUGUAGACGCGAAGUUUGAUUUCAGCCGCAGCGCUGAUGUCGUGAUUGUUGAACACUCUCUCUAGAAGUCACCUGAACGCCGUACUUGCACACUUUAAGCUAUGUUGGAUUUCAGCGUCAAUGGUUGUAACAUUUUCAAUUUCUUGGCUAAUAAGCUACCUUGUUUUGCUUUAGUAGAUAUGAUUCCAUAUAUAACUACAAUGAAAUAAAUGAAUAAACAACUAUCUUUUCUGUGCCCAGAUUUUGUUACCUUGAGUACUGCCUUCUACUGAAAGUUUUUUUUGGUGCAGGUUUGCAAGUUUUGUUAAUUGAUCUAGGAAGGUUUGAUUCAGUACGGCAGGGCCCGCUGUUAUUGAUUAGAAUCUUAGGAAAGGGAGUUAGUACCAUCAUCAUAUAUCUGUUUGCAAAUCCAAUCAAUAAUCUGAGGUUAUGAUAAUAAUUGUUGUUUACUCUUUGACUUUUCAUUUCCAUCAUGUCAUUGAACAGCUGUUUUGUCUAGGCGUUUUCUUUAGACCUGUUCUACCUUUUGAUAUAUGUUCUAUAGGCACUUUUCAACAUUCACCAGUCAUUUUUUACACAACCGAUUCUCAGUUCGUACUUUUGGGGUGAAACUGAACACGUCCUUUUCUAUAAUUUUCUUCAAUGUCAAAAUUAGAAGUUUGACAGAUGAAAGUCUUCUUCCGAAAUCUAAAUUCUAAAUGAAGAAUCUGC